AUAAUAGAAUAUACGAUUAGUGAACAGCCAACAACGCCAUAAGUGUGACUAAAAACGUAAAGUAAUAAUAUUGUUUUUAAUUCAAACACUAACGCUCUGUGCUACAGCUGGCAGCCCUGCCGCCCGCGCUCUCUGCACGCUCUUUCGGUGCUGCGAAACGCCGCGGUGCCAGUGUUGCUCAAGUCGCGACCGCCGUCUGAUUUUUAGCAGCUAAAAAUGUUUUGUGUGUGUUUGUUAAAUGUUUCUGUUGUUUAAGAGCGCAAAACAAAUGUGUAAACUCAGUGAAAAUGAAGUGAGCAACUGAGCUAAAUGUGUGUGCGCAAUGCAUUUCCUCGUAAAAAGCGAGGAUCGAACCCUUCCGCCCCCCGCCUCAUUAAACGCGCCAGGAAAUGAGAAAUCAUAAAAGAUUAUGAACGAAUAAAGCGGAAUGUACAUGUGUUUGCCGCCGCAAUGUGUGUGUAACAAAUAUCAACAAAUUCUGGCCAUGUUAUCUAUUCGUUGAAAAGUGAAUCCAGCGGCCAAAUAAAACAAAAUAAUCAAAAUCGAAAAUGCGCGACAACUAGUGUAAAUUCGUGUUGUUGUUGUUGUUGUGGCUGUCGGAACCCCCGCCUCUCUCUCUCUGCCGCACACACACUCACAGGCACGCACGCUCUCCCACUCACACACACCCACACAUACAGCAUCCCCGGAAAAUAAAUAAAAGUAAAUAAUAAUAAUAAAAAUAUAAACCAAAAUUAUUGCGGAUCUAACGGCUUUGGAUACACUAAAACCACAAAAUGCAGGCCAAAAAGCGUUAUAUUUUGGUCUUCGUUUCCUGCGCUUUUUUGGCCUACGCCUAUUUCGGUGGCUAUCGCCUGAAAGUUUCGCCAUUGAGACCGCGUAGAGCCCAGCACGAAUCGGCCAAGGAUGGUGGAGUCCAACCCCACGAGCAGUUGCCCAGCUUCCUGGGCACCCACGAUCAGCAGGAACUCAAACUGCUGCAGAGCAAUGAAUCGAAGAGUUUGGAGAGCUCCAAACAACUGGUCCCCCGUAAACCUGACUGCCGCAUGGAGACCUGCUUCGAUUUUACCCGCUGUUAUGAUCGCUUUUUGGUCUAUAUCUAUCCACCGGAACCACUCAACUCACUGGGCGCUGCCCCGCCCACCUCGGCCAACUAUCAAAAGAUACUCACUGCCAUCCAGGAAUCGAGGUAUUAUACCAGUGAUCCCACGGCCGCCUGUCUCUUUGUACUCGGUAUCGAUACCCUGGAUCGGGACUCGCUAUCCGAGGAUUAUGUUCGCAAUGUGCCAUCCAGACUGGCGAGAUUGCCGCAUUGGAACAAUGGAAGGAACCACAUCAUCUUCAAUCUGUACUCGGGCACUUGGCCGGAUUAUGCGGAGAACUCUUUGGGUUUCGAUGCGGGCGAGGCCAUUUUGGCCAAGGCCAGCAUGGGAGUGCUCCAACUGCGACACGGAUUCGACGUCAGCAUCCCGCUCUUCCACAAACAAUUCCCGCUGAGGGCCGGCGCCACGGGAUCCGUGCAGUCCAACAAUUUCCCCGCCAACAAGAAGUAUCUGCUGGCCUUCAAGGGAAAGCGAUACGUGCACGGCAUUGGUUCGGAGACGCGCAACUCGCUUUUCCAUUUGCACAACGGACGCGACAUGGUCCUGGUCACCACCUGUCGCCACGGGAAGAGUUGGCGGGAGCUGCAGGAUAAUCGCUGCGACGAGGACAACCGGGAAUACGACAGAUACGACUACGAGACCCUACUGCAAAAUUCCACUUUCUGCUUGGUGCCGCGCGGACGUCGUUUGGGUUCCUUUAGAUUCCUUGAAGCCUUGCAGGCUGGUUGCAUUCCCGUACUAUUGUCCAAUGCCUGGGUGUUGCCGUUUGAAUCGAAAAUCGAUUGGAAGCAGGCCGCCAUUUGGGCCGAUGAGCGCUUGCUGCUGCAGGUGCCCGACAUCGUGCGCUCCAUACCGGCGGAACGCAUCUUCGCCCUCCGCCAGCAGACGCAGGUCCUGUGGGAACGCUACUUCGGCUCCAUUGAGAAAAUCGUCUUCACAACAUUCGAGAUCAUACGCGAACGCCUGCCGGAUUAUCCGGUGCGGAGCAGCCUGGUGUGGAACAGCUCGCCGGGCGCCCUGCUCACGCUGCCCACCUUCGCCGACAGCUCAAGGUACAUGCCGUUUCUGCUCAACUCGAUGGGUGCGGAGCCGCGUCACAACUACACGGCGGUUAUCUACGUGCAGAUUGGCGCCGCCCUGGGACCGAAUGCAGCGCUCUACAAGCUAGUCAGGACCAUCACGAAGAGCCAGUUCGUGGAGCGGAUCCUUGUCCUUUGGGCUGCCGAUCGGCCACUGCCGUUGAAGAAACGCUGGCCCCCUACCAGCCACAUACCCUUGCACGUGAUUUCCCUGGGGGGCAGCACGCGGAGUCAGGGAGCUGGACCCACAAGCCAGACGACUGAGGGACGACCGAGCAUAUCACAACGAUUCCUGCCCUACGAAGAGAUUCAGACGGAUGCCGUUCUCUCCCUGGAUGAGGAUGCCAUACUCAAUACGGAUGAACUGGACUUUGCCUACACGGUGUGGCGGGAUUUUCCCGAGCGCAUCGUUGGCUAUCCGGCAAGAGCUCACUUCUGGGAUGAUUCCAAGAAUGCCUGGGGUUACACGUCCAAGUGGACGAACUACUAUUCGAUUGUGCUAACUGGGGCGGCCUUCUACCACCGCUACUACAACUACUUGUACACCAAUUGGCUGUCGUUGCUGCUACUUAAGACUGUACAGCAGUCCUCCAACUGCGAGGACAUCCUAAUGAACCUGCUGGUCUCGCACGUGACCAGGAAGCCGCCCAUCAAGGUGACGCAGCGCAAGGGCUACAAGGAUCGGGAGACGGGUCGUUCGCCCUGGAACGAUCCCGACCACUUCAUCCAGCGCCAGAGCUGCUUGAACACCUUUGCGGCCGUGUUUGGCUAUAUGCCGCUGAUACGUUCCAAUUUGCGCAUGGAUCCCAUGCUGUACCGUGAUCCAGUUUCCAAUUUGCGCAAGAAAUACCGCCAGAUCGAGUUGGUCGGCAGCUAGCGAUAUGUGCAUCCUGGCAACAGCUACAAGCGUUAAGAGUACUGAAUACAUAUACACCACACACCCACGCAGCUACACCAAUACCAAUACACAUACAGAGAAACAUGACGACAACACACACAUAAGUUUAGAUGAAAUGCUGUUUUUUGACGCUGGCCAAGCGAUGCAAGGACUAUGUUAAUUAUUAUUAGUAGCGAAAGGAUGGAACUUAGUUAGGAGCCAAAGGGCGCUUGUAAAUGUAUGUAUGCAUGUGUACAUCGGUGUAAGCAUACGGCAUCCUUUGCAAUUAUAUAUGCAAUGUGUAUAUAUAUAGACUUUAAAUACGAUUAUGUGAAUUAGCCUAGUUAACUGCAAGCGAAGCAAACGAUUUUGCCAUCUUUUUUGCUAAUUUCAAAUUAGCUGCGCUUAGCAAAUUUUCUAUAUGCAUACAUACAUACAUAUGUAAAUUGAUAUAUGUCUAGGAACAUAAGUAGCCGAUUUUUGUACUGUGUGAGUUGAGUUUUGUAUCUGUAAAUGUUUGUAUGUCCUUGUUGUAACUCUCCGUGUAUAGUUAGUGAUUUAUCAAUGUGAACGUGUAUGCGCAAGGCACAGUCGUCUCAUUUUCAGUUUUAAACUCCAACUUGAGGCUCCUCGAAUUCCGUAUAUGAAACCAAUCGACUGUAUCUUCACAUUAUCCGUGGCCAUUAUGGAACAGCAGCAGCAAUUGACACUGAAAUGCAAAACGAACCCCUUUCAGGCCAUUCAGCAAUAAGUGCACAAAUCCGCAGAGGAGAAGCAAUUAACUAAUGCUAAGUUUAUGGUUUAAGUAGCUUUCCAUUUUCAAUUUGUUAUGUGCAAUUUUUUAUUUGGACACCUCAGUUUUUAAUUCUUAAUGUGGCCAUUUACUGAAGUACGUAAAUCAAUUAUCAAUAUGCAAUCAACUUUUAACCACAUGCGCAUAUCAAAAGAAGAGGCUUCUCUCAAGAGAAGCGUUUUUAGUUUAAGCAACCACAAUUCUAUACAUAUACUAGAACUAAAGUAUAUUUCUAUAACUAUUUUUUACAACAAAUAUACACGAUUGCAGAUGAA